AUGUUUCCUACAGUGAGGGUGUCUUUCACCGGAAUUCGACCGGAUCAGAGGUACGCAGUACUGCUAGACAUAGUUCCUGUAGAUAAUAAGAGAUAUCGGUACGCCUACCAUCGAUCGUCGUGGCUGGUUGCAGGAAAAGCGGAUCCUCCUGCUCCUUGUAGGAUCUGCGCCCAUCCUGAUUCACCAUUCACAGGAGAGCAGCUGAAGAAGCAAGUGGUGUCUUUCGAAAAGGUCAAGCUCACCAAUAACGAAAUGGACAAACAUGGACAUUUGGUUCUCAACUCAAUGCACAAAUACCAACCAAGGAUACAUUUGGUGAAACGAGGUGAAGGAGCUUCCAGUCAUAUACAGGACCUGGAACAGGAAGAAUACAAGACUUUCAUUUUUCCUGAGACCAUUUUCACUGCAGUCACAGCUUAUCAAAAUCAGUUGAUAACGAAGCUGAAGAUUGACAGCAAUCCAUUUGCUAAAGGCUUCAGGGAUUCUUCUAGGCUCACAGAAUUCGAAAGUUUCUAUGAUUACAGAGAGACAAUGGAAUCCAUGCUAGCCGAGCAGCACUACUUCCGCUCCCCCCUCCGCCCCUUCGCCGAGAUGGACCCUCACAACAACAACCUCUCCUUGGAAGAAAAAGCUAUCCUAGCAGCCAGAUCACAGCUCUUCCUCCGCGCGGCAGCAGCAGCAGCGGGACCAUACGCCCCCCUGAUGGGGGGGUUAUACGGCGCUGGAGGCUCCCAAAGCAGCGGCACUGUGCCCCCCGGGGUGCUGUGGAACCAGUGGGCCUGUCUGGGGCCGUCGCUUCUUGCUGCGCAGCACCAACACCAGCUUGCUGCGGCAGCGGCCGCGGGGAGCUCGCAGCUGCAGCAGCCUAUCUCACCUCUGGCUAGGCCGCUUGCGCAGCACAGAUAUUCCCCCUACGCGCCGCAGCAGAGGUCCUCACCUGACACCAGCCUGAGGGACGAUAGGGAGUCUCCGAGUAGCCCCACCUAGGGCGACUUCUUUUUGUGAUAUUCAGUGGAAACGUUUUGUUGUAUGAUAAUUGGGUAUUCGGUACGUGACGUAGAGGUGAAGGAUGUAUUUAUGUUAAGGAAGAUAAUGCAAAACAAUGCAUUGAACUGUUGAACAUUGAGAAAUUGCUAAUUUAGUUUUAUCGGGUUGUGAAAACUCUGCAAAUUCUUAUAUGGUUUUCCAAAAAACAAUCUAUCCCGUUUUGAAAUUUCAAAUUUUCCGAACAAUAAUUCGAUGCUGUGUUUUAGAAGAACUCUGGUACUUGGUGAAAUGGUUUCUGUCCCAAAAACACAUAGUCACUUGAUUGACGUCGAUCUUUGUCGUUGUUUUGGUUUCUACAGUGGUUUUCUUCAAUGUCCCCCCUACUUUUAUUUUUUGAACAGGUCAACUCAA